AGUAAGCUUGCGAGCUUGGAGCGGAUUGAACGGGCUUGGAGAUGGAUGGACAUAGUUUCUGGAAUAAAUUUUAAGUAUCAGAAACGUCCAUCUAUAGCUGACACUUUCUUGAAAUAUAUGACAUUUUACAAUAAUGUCAUCGGCACGUGAGUCUGGUAGCGACAGUGAUUCUGGUUCAGAAGAGCAUUGGUGUGAAGGAGAAAAAUGUGUUGCUCCCUACUCUGACCAGGGUACUCUCUGUGAAGCAGAAAUUAAGCAGUUGUUUCCGAAAGAAGGCACUGCCCUUGUAAAGUUUCCUUGUUUACAAGAAAGAAAUGUGUCUGUCAAACAACUGUCCAAAAUCAAAGACUACCAGGGUGAGAGAAGGUUUUUACUUGACGUUGAAAAUGAGGAGAAACCAUUUUUCCAUGAUAAAAAUCCACCAAGCCCUGCAGUCCCUUAUAAGUUAUCUGAAAAUGGUCCAAGUAUUCCAUAUACCAUCAACAGAUACCUCAGAGACUAUCAACGUGAAGGAGUCAAGUUUAUUUACAACCACUAUAUUCAAGGAAAAGGCUGCAUACUUGGUGAUGAUAUGGGACUUGGCAAAACAAUACAGGUAAUUUCCUUCCUAGCAGCAGCACUACAGAAAAAGGGCACCCGGAAGGACAUAGAAAACUUUGUCCCUGAAUUUUUAUUGACACAGAGACCUGAAUCAGGCUGUGAAAACAAAAAGUUAUUUUUAAUUGUUGCACCUCUCUCCGUCCUCUAUAACUGGAAAGAUGAAUUUGAUACUUGGGGAUACUUCAAAGGAACUAUCUUACAUGGAAACAAGAAAGAAGAAGAGUUUGCCCGAGUUAAAAGAGGAAAAUUUGAAUAUGCUUUAACUACAUAUGAAACUCUUCGCCUUUAUCUUGACGAUUUCAACAGAAUCGAAUGGUCUGCUGUAAUUGUUGAUGAAGUUCACAAAAUAAAAAAUCCAAACUCGCAGAUUACUGUGGCAAUGAAAGCUUUAAAAUGCAAAAUUCGAAUUGGAUUAACUGGAACAAUUCUUCAAAAUAAUAUGGAAGAAUUGUGGUGUGUAGUGGACUGGGCAAUUCCUGGAUGUUUAGGAAGCCUGAACUGGUUCAAGUCUAACUUUUCUGAUCCCAUAGAGAAUGGGCAAAGGCACAAUGUGACUAAACGAGGGCUGGCAUUGGGAAGAAGAGCUGUUUACAAACUAGCCAAAAAAAUUUCUUGCUGGUUCCUGAGGCGAACUAAGUUUCUUAUAAGCAGUCAGUUACCAAAGAAAGAUGACAGAGUAGUUUAUUGUGCUUUGACAGAGUUUCAGCAAGCAGUCUAUAAAGCAGUCUUGGACUGUGAAGAUGUUAGUUUGUUGCUGCGUAGCUGGGACCCCUGCAGCUGUAAUAGUGGGCGUCAAAGGAAGAAGUGCUGCUUUAAGACAAAUAAAGAUGGCAUCCCGGUGCAUACCUUAUGUUUGAGCUACCUUACAGUUCUGAGAAAGGUAGCUAACCAUGUGGCCUUGCUUCAGCCAAAGGAAGGUGUAAGUGAGAUGCAGGUGAAAUGUAUAAAAGGAGUCUGUAUGCAAGUGUUCAGCAAGUUUCCAGAAUUUGUAAAACAGAGUGACCAUUCAGCCUUUGAAAUUAUUUCUGAUCCUAAGUACAGUGGGAAAAUGAAGGUUUUAAAACAUUUGUUAGAACGCUGCAUCAGAAACAAAGACAAACUGCUCCUUUUUUCAUUUUCUACAAGGCUUCUAGAUGUGAUAGAGCAAUUCUGUAUGGCAGAAGGCAUUGAAUACCGAAGGCUAGAUGGCAACACAAAAUCAAAUGAAAGAAUCACCUUGGUCAAAGAGUUUAAUACCUCCCAUGAUAUUAACAUUUGCCUUGUGUCAACAAUGGCUGGUGGAUUAGGCCUUAAUUUUGUUGGUGCAAAUAUUGUGGUAUUGUUUGAUCCAACAUGGAAUCCAGCUAGUGAUCUCCAGGCAAUUGACAGAGCUUAUCGAAUUGGUCAGUGCAGAGAUGUGAAAGUCUUUCGAUUGAUUUCACUGGGCACAGUUGAAGAAAUAAUCUAUCUUCGUCAGGUGUACAAGCAGCAGCUGCAAUGUGCAGUUAUUGGGAGGGAAAAUGCGAAACGGUAUUUUGAUGCAGUUCAAGGAUCAGAUGGCCAUCGAGGAGAGUUAUUUGGCAUUAAGAACCUUUUUCAGUUCAGUACCAAUGGAACCUGUCUAACUAGAAACAUUUUACAGAGAGAUGGCCAAGUGGAAGCAGGAAUAUUAACAGCUGUCACACAAAUGAGAGAAGAAAGUCUAUCACAGGGGCAGAAGACAACAUCAGCGCUGGAAGACAAUCCUGAAAGAAGAUUAAGUGCUCAAAAGGCUACAAAUAACUUCGCAAAAGAAAUACUAGAUUUCAGCAGUGACAGUGAGGAAGAGCAAAAGGGAAGUAAAUACAGAACUGAAAAGAAUGAAACUUCUGGUCUUUUGAGUCUGAUUCAGUGUGGCCUUUCAGAGUUUCUUGAUGCUAAAAUAGCACUGGAAUAUUCUUACAAUAUGGACAUUGAAAGUUCUGAGACCCAGUCAUCUUCUGAAAAUAAUAUAUUACCAGCAGAUAAAAAGAAAAAAAAUACAGGACAGAGUUCUGAUCUAAACCUGAAGCCAGUUAACAUGAUACAAUCUACAAAUUACAGACCUAAAAGUAAAAAGAAUUACAAUUGUGCAGACUAUGAAGAAAGCCAUAGUAGUCCUUCUAAGGCAAGCUCUGUUAGUUCAAAGACAAAUUUUAACACAAACGGAAAGAGAAAAAAUAAAACAUGCAGGAAAGUAACCUCUCAGUUAACUGAAAAAAUGAAAAAUGAGGCAAAAAACAAAUUGUACUCCUGUGGGAAUCCUGGCUUACUAUCUUUCAAACCAAGAAAACACAAAAGCACCAGUGAUACCCUCCAACAUUUAAAUGAAAACCUGGAAAUGAAGACUGCAAAAAUGUGCAAUAUAACUGAAUCUGAUAGUGGUGAAGAAUCUGAUUAUGUUGCUAUGUCUAAAAAAGAAAAGAUUACCCACAGUAAAGCAAAACUCAAAGACCCAGGAGCCCAACAGUGCAUGUCACUUUCCCAAGAGCCAAAAAGAAAUAUUGCAUUUAAUGUCUUUGAGAAGGGACCUGAAACUGAUUGGCAGAGGAUCAGUUCUUUCUCUUCUUCAGAAGAAGAUAUUUCUGUUAAAAAAGUCAAAUUCAGUAAAGCUGAAAGAAAGCGGAAACAGUGUUACUUAAGUUCCAGGUCAUCAUUUAAGAAUAAGGAAAUAUUUAUACAAAAAGAAGAACAUAAUCAAGUAGCUGAAAAACAGGGAUCAUUGGACAGCUUUUUAGAUGGUGUCCAGGGGGUUAUCUAUACCCAUUCAAAUCAGCGCAUUGUUGGAUCAAGCAAAGCAGAGAAUUGGAUGAGUCGCUCAGCCCUGCGGGAUGUAUUUGAAUUGGAUCAGUAUACUCAAAUGCCUGCAAAUCUUGUUCACAGUGAUGCAGAAGAGAAUUUCUCAGAGCAACCUGCUAAGCCUCAUACAACAAAACACAUAUCACAGGAAAUUACUUCUAGCACAGAACUUGUUCAUCUAGAGCACCCUGUGAUCAAUAAUGAGAGAAAAGUUCACAGGUCCGGAAGAACCACCUUUUUAAUUGGAGAAACACCACUGGCAAUCCGUAGGAAACAUCUAUCUGAGAUGACUGCAUACUUCAAAAAAUCCUCAGUGAAACAACUAGCAGAACAGAUCUUAACAACCACAUCAGAAUCUCGACAGCGUAUGUUGAAAGAUUUUUAUUGCCAUCACUACCCUGAUAUUAAUGACAUAUUGACUGUUAUACCAUCAAUGCCACUUACAGACAUUAAACAUGAAUCAUCAGGGCCAAGCACAAGUCAUUCUCCCCGCAAUAAAACUAGUCCUCACGUAAAGGACUCAUCUGAACGUGUACAAGGAAUGUCUCUAAAACAUUUUAAAAAUGUAAGUAAAAAUAAUCCUCGAGAUUCAGAGAAAAUAAGUAACUUUCCAAAGGAUUCAGAAGACUUUUCUUGCAUCAUCCCUGAGAAUUUCUUCAGUUGUUAUAAUGAGGAAUCUUUGUCCACUGUUAAAUCAAAAAAUGACAGCCAUACUCACUUAUUAGCAAAUCCUUCUGAAAAAAAUGAGCCUCUUGAGGUUAGUAAUAGCAGUACAGAAAAUCCUGACUCACAAAAGGAAUUACUUAUAGGCCUAUUAGGUGAUACCUCUAUACUUGAUGAUGUAUUCAAUUCAAAAAUCAGUGUUGAGCCACAAACCUCUUCUGCAUCAAGUCACACAGCAAAAGUUAAGAAAAAAUCAAAAGACUUCUGGGAUAUUUUAAAUGAAGAUGAUGAAGAUAGUGUAAAUAUACUAACUGAUAUGUCAGUUGUGGAGAGAAUUUGUGAAGACAGGAAUAUAGCUUCAAAAGUAAGAAAAGAUAGCCAGUCCCCAAUAGACCUGUGGAAGAAAAAUGAAAAUUUUAUAUGGAAAAUGUGAUGUUUUUAUUGCUACUAGUUUUAUUUAUUUUGAAAAUAUUGUGACUGUAAUUGCCAAAAACAGAAAGGAAAAUGAAGCAUCUCCUUUCGAUCCUUUUUAUAAGUUUUGCACAAAGGAUCAUAUUAUUAAAUGGUUUGUAUUUCUUUCUCACACCCUCUUUUUUUACUUUUUUGUCAUAAACCAUUAAUAUAUGUGCAGUCCAUAUUAUUUAAAUAGAUGUGCAAUUUAUGUUCCAAAUUGUACUGUAAACAAUGUGACAUGUUAACUUAUGUACUGUAUAUCCUCCAUAGUUCUCUAAUGUUUUGA